CGAGUGGCCAUGCGUCCCUUUCCAGCAAACCCCUAUAUAUAAAAUGAUUCAUGCUCUCUGUGGUAGUUGUCUCAGCGCUGCUGAGUCCUUAGUCACUAUUAGUGGGAAUACACCCGGGGUAAACAUUUUCUAAGUUGCCAUCGAAGCUUCCUUCUUCUUCUGCCUCACCGCUGCUACAUGCUCUGAUCCCUUUCAGUUUGUCGCUCUCUAAACUUGCUGCGUUACCUGAGGUUAACGUUGACGAGAGUUCAUUCAUCCACAACAACAAUGGCAGCGCAGGAGUUCAAUAUCUUGCUAGCGACGGAUUCCUACAAGAUCACACACUACAAGCAGUAUCCUCCAAACAUCAGCAAAAUCUACUCCUACUUUGAAUGCAGACGCAAGAAAGGAUCCCAGUUUAAUGAAGUGGUGUUCUUCGGUCUCCAGUAUCUGCUGAAGAAAUACCUAACAGGCCGUGUGAUCACAGAGGAGAAGAUUCAGGAAGCCAAACUCUUCUACCAGAUGCACUUCAGACAAGCUGUGUUUGAUGAAGAAGGGUGGAGGCAAAUCCUUAAGAAAUAUGAUGGCCGUCUUCCUAUCCGGAUCAAAGCCAUUCCCGAGGGCAGGAUUGUACCAAGAGGCAACGUGCUCUUCACUGUGGAAAACACUGAUCCACAAUUCUACUGGCUUACCAACAUCCUUGAGACCAUGCUGCUCCAGAUGUGGUAUCCCAUCACAGUUGCCACUAUAUCCAGGGAGUUUAAGAAGAUCCUAGCCAAGCACUUGAAGGCCACCACUGGAAGCCUAGAAGGCCUGGACCUGAAGCUGCAUGACUUUGGCUACAGAGGAGUUUCCUCACAGGAGUCUGCAGCAUUAGGAGGAGCAGCUCACCUGGUUAACUUCUGCAGCACAGACACAGUGGCUGGUCUGCUCAUGGCUCAGAGAUAUUAUGGCUGCCAAAUGGCUGGCUUCUCCAUUCCAGCAACAGAGCACAGUACCAUCAUCUCCUGGGGGAGGAACAGGGAGAAGGAGGCAUUUGAGCGAGUCCUGGACCAGUUCUCCUCUGGACCCGUGUCAGUGGUCAGUGACAGCUACGACAUCUUUAACGCCUGUAAACACAUUUGGGGAGACAAACUGAAGGAGCGAGUGAUGGAGCGCAGCCAGGACUCAUGUCUGGUCAUCCGGCCCGACUCAGGGGACCCCGCUGAAACUCUUAUUGAGGUCAUCAAGAUUUUGGGGGAGUGUUUUGGCUUCUCUCUGAACUCUGUAGGAUACAAAGUGCUUCCCUCUUACCUGCGAAUUAUUCAAGGGGAUGGCAUUGAUCUCAAAUCAGUGGAUCAGAUUCUUCAGAAGCUCAGCGAUGAGGGCUGGAGUGCGGAGAAUGUCUUCUUUGGCUGUGGCAGCGCUUUGCUUCAGAAACUCAACAGAGACACACUCAACUGUGCCUUUAAGUGCAGCUACGUGGAGAACAAUGGCAAGGGGAUGGACGUGUACAAGCAGCCGGUGACUGACCCGUCCAAGGUCUCAAAGAGGGGUCGCUUAUCACUGAGGAGAAACUCUGGCGGCUUCUUAGAGACGAUAGAGGGAGGAGCAGGCAAGCCUGAGGAGGACCUGCUGGUGACCGUUUUCGAGAACGGCAGCCUGGUGCGCGACUACUCCCUGGAGGAAAUCAGGAAGAACGCUCGGCUGCGCGAGGAGGAGUUGACUCCCAUUAUAUACAACCAAGACGCAGAGCUGCGGUGCAAUCACAUCGUCAACGGGAUUCAUUAAGAGCAAAAGCAGUCUCCCACCAUGCAUACAAUACUUCAGUGUUUAACUGCCAUAUUUCAGAAACUCUUUCCCGAGUAGAAACUGAAAAAUACUGAAGGCGAGGGACAUGCUCUGUCUCCCAGCUCCUGUCUCUAACAAGCACUACCACCCCACACCUCUGACCCACUGAUCAUAAUAAUAAUAAUUAUUAUUAUUAUUAUUAUUAUUAUUAUUAUUAUUAUUAUUAUUUCUUUAAAUCGUUUCUUUCUUUUCCUGUUCUUAGCCAACAUACACACACACACACACACACUCACACACACACACACACACACACACACACACACACCUCAGUGAGUGGACAGUUAACUCUAUCCUGGCAUUGCCAUGACCAGAAACCAAGCUCAGGGUAUUAUUGUUGUUAUUAUUAUUAUUAUUAUUAUAUAUUAUUAUUAUUAUUAUUAUUAUAUUGCCUAAGUGUCCGAAUACUCCCAAGUUCCCACUUGUAUUUUAUUAGAGCGGAUGCAGCAUUUUACAUACUAAACUUUACUAUAACUAGUUGUGAAUGAACUGAAUCCAUCAGUGAAUGAAUCCACUUAUCAAUCAGACUUAAUCGAUGAACGAGAAACGCAAACAAACGAAAAUGAAUCACAUUUUGGACAUUUUUCAGUCCGAUUCUCUCGUUGCUGAUUAGUUUUAUUGCAUGUGCUUUCUGCGUGUUAUUCCCACAGUUCAAAGACAAAUCCACUGUGGGUCUGGAUAGAUUGAUUUAUAGAUUCAUAAUAAAUUUGUGAAUAUUCUCUCAACUGAAAUCCAUGCAGGCACAGACACGUUUUCUUUUUUUUUUUUAUCCAAACACUUGAACUGCUGCAUAUGUUGAAGUCUAUAUAAAACAGGUUUAUAAGAAUUAGAACAACAUGGUAGCGUGACGUGCUUAACUGUGCACUGAACAUAUUUCUGAGCCUAUUUUCUGUCGCCACUGAUGGUAGGAAGAUGCCACACGGUGCUUUUUUUUUUGGCCGUUUAGCCUCUGGACUUCCACAGAAACAUGUGGUGCUGUUAUAAAAACACAGUAAAGGAUGCGCUGAUCCAUCAUGUGUUCACCCCCACCUCAUGUGGGUUUAGUGUGUGUCUAAUGAUGGUACUAUAAUUCAGGUGGGUGUGAGUACGGUGGCUGUUGCACCUUGAUGAAUGGGAUACAGAACUGGAUAAUCUUUUUUUGUUUUGUGUGUUAGUUUUGUGAUUUUCAAAUACACAAUGUAAAAAAUAUACUCCUGUGAUCGAAAUGACUUCAUAUUUUAUUUUAGUUUAUUGACAUGACACAAACCUCCUUCUGAGAUAUGCAUUGACUACAAAUAGUUCAUGUGAUGAUAGAGUACCGAGGCCUGAGCAUAGACAUGUACAAUAAAGUGGACAUAGUCUUCCGAUACAGCUUAGAAAUGUUAGGUUUGAUUCAGAACAUCAGUAAACAUUCUCCUGAAGAGUUAAUGUAAUCAGCAAUGUUGACUUUGUAAGUUACAUUCCCAUUCAAGCACAGCACGUAUGAGUGGACACCUAUGUGCUUGGUUGCAGGUGACGUCUGAAUUUUUGACUUCAUUUUGCAACCAGAAAGCUUGGUUCACUUUUUAUACACGCUUUAUGGACCUGCGUGUGUCACUUCUGAUGUUUCUAACUAAACAACCAGUCACCUCAGAGUGAGUCAGAUCAUUCUAUUUAUCCACUAGUGUUUGGUACUGUACAGUUUUCUAGUAUCAUCUGCUGUUUGAUGAAUGUUUGUUUCUGCUGAUAAACCUGCCCUCUUCUGUAACUGUACAAUAUGAUGCCUUAUCAGCAGAUGAACCUUGGAUUUAUAUUUAUAGACAUUAAAGGAACAUUUCUCCGACAGAUAUUUUCUGAUGUCCACAGCAUUCCACCUGUUUCAUGAUGUUAAAUCAUUAAAGCUGCUGUCAGUUAUGACGUUGUUUGGCUAA